UGUUGACAGCCAAGUUAAUCAUUAGCUAUUUCCAGGUUCUAAUGUGUGGUGGUKUGGAAAUGGAGAYCCCCAUUAUUGAUAUUGGUCCAUUGAUGAAAGGUGACAUCAAGUCGUCUGACGUCAUUAACCAAAUAGGACAAGCAGUUCAGACAACAGGUUUUUUCUACAUCAGUGGAUAUGAUGAUGAAAAUCAACUGUGUGGUAACAUGUUCGRCGUUGGCAAGAAGAUAUUUGACCUGYCAUCUGAUGAAAAGAAUGAAAUAAGUAUCAAGAAYAGUCCGGUGUUCCGUGGUUUUGUACAGAAGGGAGAUGAUAUCACCAACCACAAGGCAGACAUCAAGGAGGGGAUUUACUUCGGCCAUGAAUCUUCCCCAGAAGAGGAUGAAGACGAGAUUAUGAUGAAGGGUUAUAAUCAAUAUCCUGCAACAAUGCCACAYCUUCCUGGGGUCAUCAAUGAUUACAUCGGAAASAUGACCCAUGUUGGGAAUGUACUAGUCAAAGCCCUGGCUGUAAAGCUUGGCCAAAAAGAAACUUUUUUUGAUGAAAUGUUUGCUGUGCCAUUUCCUUUGAUGGCACUGUGGCACUACCCUCCUCACCCGGAGGAGUCUGGGGACUGGGGAAUAGGACCUCACACAGAUUAUGGUGUAAUAACGCUGAUCCUACAGGACGAUGUUGGCGGACUCCAGGCUCAAACAAGAGAUGGGAAGUGGAUUGACGUUCCUCCCGUUCCUGGGACACAGGUCGUUCUUUUUGGUGAUGUCUUAGAGAUCUGGACAUGCGGUUACUUUAAAGCUACAAAACAUCGCGUGAAAAACUCGGCCACUGCAACUCGACUCUCGGUUCCAUUCUUCCACCAGCCAAGCGCUAGUACCAUAGUAACCCCCCUUGAUAUUCAUCUGCCUUCUGAUUUUGACCCUACUAAAAGCCGUAACCCACCCCCACCAUUUCAGUUUGGGAGAUACGUUAAAAAUAAAUUUGAGACCUCAUACUUGAAUUGAUUAAGUCACCUAUCAUCAUUACAAUUAGUGCAAAUUAAUUGAUUCAUUAUUAAUUCAUGAUGAGAAUCAGUGUCAUUGCUGAUUUGAAAAGUCAGUACCUUUUAGUUUUUGAUCACUAGCACAGCAUAUUCCAUACUUCAGGCGUAUCAAAUCUUCUGUCACUCGGCAUUYCUCUCGCUCUGGUUUCACAAGAAUCUAAAACACCUUCUAUUUGGUAAACUGUUAUCAUAACAAGUAUACUACUAAAGAAAAACCAUUAUA